GUGCCCACGAUUACAACCACUCCAUCUUCAUCAAGUCUUGCCACAUACAGAAAUUUCAAAGCGCUUGUUGGGCACCAUCGGAAAUAUUGAUAUCUGCUGAAGAUGAAGACCAAACGAAACAAAUCUAACCGAAAGACCAUGAGAGUCUACAACUCAAUUUUCAAAUUUCGGGAACCUUAUCAAGUGCUUUUCGAUGCCGAUUUCGCUGUCACUGUGACUACUCAAAAGAUGGAAGUUCAGAGUCGAUUGGCAGCUGUUCUUGGUGGAACUGUUAAACCAAUGAUUACGCAGUGUUCAAUCCAUCAUUUAGUGAAUUUGGCAUCUGAUGGAAGUCAAGUGGCUCAAGAAGCAGUAGACCUCGCUCGUAAUUUAUGUGAGCGAAGGAAGUGUAAACAUGGGACCAUUAAAGCAAGCUCGAUCGAAUGUAUCAAAGGUAUCUUGGGCGAUACGGACAAUCGACUACGCUACAUAGUUUGCACCCAGGAUCCUCACUUUCGCACAUACCUUCGGGAAAAGAUCAUUGGUGUACCUAUCAUCUACAUCAAUCGGAGUGGAACCCUCAUCCUUGAGGAAGAAGGACCAGCAACCGAGUUAAGGCGCAAACAGCUGCAAGAGGAUAAACUACACGUCCCGCCAGAAGAACUAGAACAACUGAAAUCGACCGACACUGGACCCGACUCAGGCCUACCAGCUCAACUCAUUCAAGGCCCAUCCACAACCAAUCCACUACAAACACAGUCUUCAGACACACUUUCAAACGGCCAAACUCACUCGGCGCAUAAACUUGAAAAUAAACUGCUAAAAAAGAAGAAACGAAGAUCAGGAGGUCCCAAUCCAUUAAGCGUUAAAAAGAAAAAAUCAUCUGCCUCAAACAGACGAAGAAUCCCUCAAGAGAAAUCGGCUUCUAAGAAUACUUCCACUCAGAAAACAAGCUCCAAAAGCUCUCGCAAAACUCCCCCUGGAAAAAAUCUUUGAGGGUCACAUAUGGCCCUGUACGAGGCGGCAGAUGAAAACCAACCGGGCUAUCAUGUUGCCAAUUUUGCCGUACUGAAACCUUUCUGUUCAAAUAUUAACCUUGAUUCAGCUUGUACACUCAGAUCUUGACCAAAGCAAUUAACGCUCGAUUAUCUAUCUAUGUAUAUACUGUUUGAGAACCACCCAACGUUCACGUGAGCUGGUAUACUACAAAGGGCACUGCCAUACAAGCUGUGAACUAGCUAAAUCAGAAGUUCAAAGGGCACUGCCAU